GCAGUGUGUGUCUGUGAGUGCGUUUGCACGUGUUUGCAGGAGACAAACCACCGGCCACUGCAACUAACCGCUGGAGAAACUGCACACCAUUGGUAUUUCUCAAACUCAGCACAAGCCACACGAGUUUUCUCCUGUGCGAUGAGAGAAAUGAGAGUGUGGAGAGCUCUUUGCGUUCUCUCUCAGAGUGUGAUUCUAGUGGUCCUCCUGAUCCCUCAGCAGGGAAAUGCCCACCCACAGUGCCUGGACUACAAGCCUCCGUUCCAGCCUCCGGAGCCCCUGCUCUUCUGCAAGGAGUACGCCAAAUUUGGAUGCUGUGACUUGGACAGGGAUAACCGAAUAUCCCAGCGCUUCUAUCAGAUCAUGGACUACUUCGAUCAGACUGGAUUCAUGGCCUGUGGGAAGUACAUCCGCAGCAUUCUUUGCCAGGAAUGCUCUCCUUACGCAGCGCAUCUGUACGAUGCAGAAGACGCAAACACCCCGAUGCGGGAGCUUCCCGGCCUCUGCGGAAACUACUGUGAAGAUUUCUGGCUCCACUGCCGUUACACUCUCAGCCUUCUGAUCAACAGCAACGAAACGCAUGCUAUCGAAGAAGACCGGAGCAAGUUCUGCAAAUAUCUAGAGCUGAAAGAUCCCGAGUACUGCUACCCAAACGUCCUCUCCAACGCCGAGCUCAAUGCCGACCUGGGAGACAUGAAGGCGGAUCCGCAGGGCUGCAUUCAGUUAUGCCUGGAAGAAGUGGCGAAUGGGCUUCGCAAUCCUCUGGCGAUGGUACACGCCAAUGAUGGCAAGCACCGCUUCUUCGUGGCAGAGCAGCUGGGUUACGUGUGGACUUACCUGGCCAACGGUUCUCGGAUUGACAGGCCCUUCCUGAACCUGACCAGGGCGGUUCUGACCUCACCUUGGGCCGGAGAUGAGCGAGGGUUCCUCUGCAUCGCACUGCACCCUCGCUUCACAAAGGUGAAAAAGGUCUACGUUUACUACUCAGUGUCUGUGAAGAAACAGGAGAAGAUUCGUAUCAGUGAGUUUCUCGUGUCUGAUUCGGAUAUGAAUAUGCUGGAUCACUCCUCAGAAAGGUCCACUCUUCUAGGCAAGGUCCUGCGAAUCGAUGUAGACAACAAUGACUAUGGCGCCCCCUACAGUAUCCCAUCAGACAACCCUUUUGUGGGAGAGAGGGACGCGAGGCCAGAGAUCUACGCCUACGGUGUGAGGAACAUGUGGAGGUGCUCCAUCGACAGGGGCGAUCCGGUCAGCGCUCAGGGCCGCGGCAGAAUGCUCUGCGGGGACGUCGGGCAAAAUAAAUACGAGGAAGUGGAUCUCAUCGAAAAAGGAGGAAACUAUGGAUGGAGGGCAAAGGAGGGCUUCUCUUGUUAUGACAAGAAACUCUGCACCAACUCAUCACUCAAUGAUAUCCUUCCGAUUUUUGCUUACCCACAUAAAAUCGGCAAGUCUGUCACUGGCGGCUACAUCUACAGAGGCUGCCAGAUGCCCAAUCUUAAUGGCCUGUACAUCUUUGGGGAUUUUAUGAGUGGGCGACUGAUGUCCCUAAAGGAGAACCCUGAGACUGGAAAGUGGAGCUAUAAGGAGAUCUGUAUGGGCGCUGACAAAACAUGCAGUUUCCCUAAACUAAUAAACAGCUACUACAAGUACAUCAUAUCAUUUGGUGAAGAUGAGGCAGGUGAGCUUUUCUUCCUUGCGACCGGAGCGGCCAGCGCCACAGCCAGAGCAGGAGUCGUGUAUAAGAUAGUGGAUCCCUCCAGGAGGGCUCCUCCAGGAAAAUGCAACUUCAAGCCCACUCCAGUCAACAUAAAGGGCAAACUGAUUCAUUUCAGUCCUAAAGAAGAGUAUGUAAUUAACAAAAAACCCUCAACAACCGCCAUUCCCAAACCAAAACCCACCAAACCCAGUGCGACCCCACGACCACGAGUACCACAAACGACGAGCCGCCGGGUUCCUCCAGCGACUACCGUCCGGCCGUCUACACCACAGCCGCGCGCUCUCCACACGACCCCGCGGCCCAGACCUCCGUCCCUGACCACCCUCAGACCCGCGUACUGGACCACCGCAAACACCCAAAUCGGCAGACCGGGCAAACGAGGCCGAGGCAAGCCCAGGAGGAAAGGGGAGCGGAGGGGUCGAUCUCGAGCCGGGACGGCGAGGCUGGUCAGCGCAGAAGGACAGAAGGACCGCGGCCGAGUGGAGAUCUUCGUGCGGGGCGAAUGGGGCACGGUGUGCGACGACAUGUUUAACAUACAGGCUGCGGCGGUGGUCUGCAGGCAGAUGGGGUUUCCCGUGGCUCUGCGGGUGGCAAAGAGAGCCGAGCUCGGGGCGGGAGGCGUCGGUGUCAGAAUCCUGCUGGACGACGUGGAGUGCAAAGGAACCGAACGGACUCUACUGCACUGCAAACACGCCAAACUGGGCAAAAACAACUGCUCUCAUGACGAGGAUGUAGGGGUGGUUUGUGGCCAUUAUGAACAUGCAGUGGAGUGAAAGACAAUGAGCAGAUGCAGGUUGUGAUGACACAAGUAUGCAGACCAAAAAUACAUCUCACAGACAAAAAAUAAAUAAAUGAGCCACUCUAAAAUUAUGACAAACUGGAAAUACCCCUAUCAAAACUAGAAUCAGAAUUGUUUUGUUGAACUUUUGAAUGUGGAAAACUUAAAUAUCAAUCUAGACCAAGGGUGUCAAACUCAGUUCCUGGAGGGCCACGGCCCUGUACAGUUU